AUUACAGCCCGUUAUAUAUCUGCAUCUUGCCCAGUGACCCCCAACACCACACAGUCAUUAUUUCCAUAUCGUGUUGCUCUCACGCCCACUGAGAGAGGGAGCAGAGAGCUCAUCCGGCGCAUUGAGGGACGUCCAGGUCCUCAUCUGCGCUCCGUACAGCAUCAGCACCAGCCGCUGCGUGAGAAACAAACCGAGUCGCAUCCCCGCGGAGAGCAGCCCCGCGUGCGCUUCAUUCAAUCUGGAGCGUCAGAUGGUGCAAGAUGCACCGCUUCUUUGUCCUCCUCUACACACGGGCUGUGCAAGUUAACGCUGGAAGGGACCAGUAGCCUAGUAUUUGAGGCACCCGUUUCAGCUGCGCUGAAAGGUUCCUACAGGACGCGCGCUUGGAUUAUUGUCCUCGUAUCACCGUUCCCGUGGAUUUCCUGCUGGGCAGCUAAACACGCGCACCGCGGCUUCCAGAGAAAUAAAGCGAGUCGCUGAUGUUUAAAAUGUGUUAAUUUGGUUUCUUUUUGUCGCGAGGGAGGAGCGAUGAGAGCGUAAACAACACUGGGUGGCUUUGUUUCUGAGACACGGACCCGUGGAAGAUCACACUGACAUGUCUUUCAGUGCCGGAUUGGGAGCUACCGUUAUUUCUCCACUAACUUAGGGAAGUGCUGUUCGUAUCUCUUUGACUUUGCAUAUCAGCUCGAUUCUACUUUUUAACAAACACAUGCAGUUUUCUUCGUAUCUUCUUCCUACGUGGUGGAGCGCUUGGGAUGCUUUCGUCGGAAGGGCGUAUUUGAUUCGCGUCUGUCGCCUUUGGAGUGAAGAAAGACCCCUUUAAACUCGUUGCCUCGGCGCUAUCUUGUGGAGUUACAGCGACCCACGUGGAAACACGGACUCGAAGGAGGACAAGAUGGGCUGUUGCAGUGGUAGAUGCACGCUGGCAUUUAUAUGUGGCAUGCAAUUGAUCAGCAUUCUGGAGAGACAGAUAUUUGAUUUCCUCGGAUACCAGUGGGCUCCGAUUCUCACAAACUUCAUCCAUAUCAUCACAGUGAUCCUAGGCCUCUUUGGGACAGUACAGUUCAGACCGCGAUAUGUGACCGGGUAUGCAGUCUGGUUGGUGCUGUGGGUCGCCUGGAACGUCUUUAUCAUCUGUUUCUAUUUGGAAGUGGGUGACCUUUCAAAGGACACAGAUCUGAUUAUGACCUUCAACAUCUCCAUGCAUCGCUCCUGGUGGAUGGAGAACGGCCCGGGGUGCAGGGUGACCCCCGUGACCCCUCCUCCCUCCUGGGCCCCGGAGGACCACCGCUACAUCAGCAUCGCCGGAUGUCUGCUAGAGUACCAGUAUGUGGAGGUUGCCCACAGUUCCUUGCAGAUUAUCCUGGCUCUGGCUGGGUUCAUCUAUGCCUGUUAUGUUGUGAAGCUCAUUUCAGAAGAGGAGGACAGCUUUGACUUUAUAGGAGGGUUUGAUUCGUACGGUUACCAAGGGCCACAGAAGACGUCACAUUUGCAACUACAACCAAUGUACAUGUCAAAGUAAAAGGAUAACUGCCUUAUCAGCCAAUCAAAACAACGAACUGAUGUUUGGACUCGUCUUUCUACGUAAAUGUCUUAACAUGAUAGUGUCUUACGAACUGUCGGAGGAACACAGAACCGACACUUUAACCUCAAAGACUCCAAGUGGAUUUUCUUUGUCUACGCCCAGCCCUUCCUCCUCCAGAGCGCUGCGUUCAGGCGCGAGAGAGCCCUCGUGUGGAUAAACCCUCGGCAGACUCUCAACAUUGCGGCCAUUAGCAGUGCAAAAAAUGGAGGAGCAGAUUGAGUGGACCGAUCUGCAAUAAGAAAGACUUGGAAUCGUGCAAUGGAUAUAGUGUCAGUGUCUCCAACUGGCUUUCACGGAAACCAUCCCAUACUUAAAGAAUGUUCAUUAACUAGUCAGUAUGAUAUUAGUUAUCUAGUCCUACAAUCUUUCAAAUGGUGACUGGAGUGGGGAGUCAUUAUUCCAGUUGUGUUUACAAAGGGUCAUUCCAAGCAUUGGAAUCGCCGUCGGUGUUUAAUCGCAACCCAAGUAGUUUUUUUCUUCUUUCUCCUGGAUGUACUUGUCUUGAAAGUGCCAAGAACAGUUACGAAAAAAAAAACCCAACAAAACAAAACGAAUAAAGAAAUCGGUAGCUGCUAAGAGAUUCAUAUUUUUUGGAGUGAAACGAAAGUCCUGAAGAGAAAAAAAAAAAAAACGAUUUUAUCCGUUCGACGUCGCCAUGGGAUCAACCGUAUUUGUUUGCAUGAGGUGUCAAAAUCUGUUGCGUAUUUAAUAUCUUUCAGCUAGACAUAGCCCGAACCUUGGAAGGGGUAACAGUCGCUCCAAAAGGUAACUUGUGAAUAUUGUUGUUUUUUAAGACGGUGUUGAGUCUUGUUAACAAGAUAACGGAUAGAAAACCAAUUGUAACUUCUUUCUAUUUUAAGCCUUUUUUUAACGUGUGCAGGUGUUCACUCUUUUGUAGUAGACUAAUAAUUUAUUAUGCCGUGUAAGUGGGCCUUUCUUUUCGAUAUUCCUGUACAUAUUGAGGGGGGUAGGGAUAGAGACGCAGUGUUUCUAGUGAUGUGAUGUGUGAGGAGGUGUGUGGAAGAGUCUAAUCGGGUUAGAGCGCUUUGUUUCGUGUAGUGACAGGAGUCCCUAAAUGAUCUGUUCCCCAACUUUGAAGCGAGAGGUCAGAAUUGCGCAAAAUGCUGAAGCUAUUCAGGUCUUUCCCCUUGAUUUACGGCUUCUUUUGUAGCCUGCCUCCUGAAUGAAGUUUAUAAAUGCUGCACUUUCAAAUGCCGUGCAUAUCGUAGCCCUUGGAUGAUGCGUGAAAGCAUGAAAUGUCUUCAUUUUGGUCAAACUACCAUGCCAAACGCAGCCGAAUAACGCACUUCCCCCUUCCUCGACUGAUAAUGGAUGAUGAAAUGUGUAUUUCUCCACUGUAUAUUAUCUUUUCCCUCAAAACUGAUUCUAGUAACUGUGUGGAGUUGACGUAUAUCUGCGCUUUAGUGUGGAGUUUCCUGAGAGAAAGUGCCUGAAAUGACAUCCUGUUAACAUUCCAAUAAAUGGCAAUCUGCUCUCAUCCAGAAAGGCUGUAUAUAAACAGAGGGUCCGACUGAGCUGUGUUUAAUCAAACCCCUUGUGAACUGCACUGGCAAAGCUAAGUGGCUUUGAUAAUUAAUAAAGAUAUUUUAGCCGCACCACACUCCAGACCUCACUGGAAAAUAAUUCCCUGCAGUCUUUUGCUGCAAUCUUUCUGCAUCCGACUCAAUACGGAGUGAUAAAUGUUAGUUUGGGUAAUGCAAUUAAUAAGAAUGAUGGCUUUAGAAAUGGAAAGCUGUAUGGGUAUGUCUCACAGAACCUUUCAAGAACCUAUUUGAGGUUAUAUUUCAUCCCCAAAAUCUUCAAAUACAUAUAUAUCUUUUGAAAAAUAAUACUUUUGAGGCAUUUUUAUUGUUAUUUUUAGUAAUAAGGGUGGCUAUUUAUUAUAUAAUUUAUCUUAAAUUAUUUAUUAAAAUACUUUAAUGCACAAAAAUCACAAUCUUAUACUCUACUGCUAAAUAUAAUAUUAAAAUGGGAAUAUGAUAAUAUGAUAUAAUGAGAAUGACUAUCAAGAAUAUUGAUCAUUUAAUUUCUUUUUCUUAUAUAUAUAAUUAAGGAUGAAAUAAAGGAUCUUAAUGAGGUCUUAAAAGGAUUAAUAAAAAAGAAUUGAUUUUGAUUUUAUUAUUGGUUCUAAAACUAUAUAUAUAUAUAUAUAUAUAUAUAUAUAUAUAUAUAUAUAUAUAUAUAUAUAUAUAUAUAUAUAUAAAGGCUUAUUUUAGGACAUUAACAAAAGUGUUGAAUAUUAAUAUCUUACAUAUCUUAAGCCUGGAAUACACUACCCGAUUAUGGCCCUGAUCUUACAGUCUGAACAAGUUAAAGCUAGUUGAGGAAAGUCAGAGCCAGUCAACUCCGGUUUUUUAGCUUCAGACAUUGAUUCCAUCCAGUCGGAGGUUAUUAAACGUUUAAUAUUUUCCGCCGAUUUUUGAAACACAUUUGUUUUCAUUUGUCAUGCGUCUCCUGGCAACAAGGCGCGUGUUUCUGCGUGAGUGUCUGGUAGUGUAUGAUCCCCGGUCAUGUAGCGUAUAAUGCACAGCGUAUUUUCAUUUGUCACUAUUUACAGAGUCUGUAACUGUAUGAUGCCUAGUGUUUUAAAAAAUCUGUUCAGAAGUCGUGUAGUGUAUUCCAGCCUUUAAUCUUAAAUAUAUCAUAAUGGAUCACCUUAAGUAUAUGGUCCUAAUAUCGUAUCAUUGUUUUUUUAAUAAUUAAUUUAAUUUACUUAACUUUUGGGGGUGAAAUGUGACUUGGACAUGUUUUCCAGAGAUUUGCCUCUGUAAUUGCUCUUGCUUGAAGGUUUUUGAUUGCCUCAACUUCUCAAAGAUAAGCAGAUUACGUCAGCCUGACUGCUGUGCAAGUGAGUUUCAAGACAUUUGUAAAUACAUCCUGAAUCAACAUGGUGCUUGAUUAGACUUUAUCAUAUUAAACAAUAAAAAAAAAAAACAUGUUCUUGCUCUCAAUAUAUUUGCAAGGCGCAGUCUAAGCUUACGUGAGAUUUACCCUGCAUUAAUACAUGUAAAACAACACUUGACGGUAUUAAUGUCAAAUCUGACUAUCAUACGGUAAUUAUGAGCUGAAAGAAACCUGAAUGAAAACGAAUACCUUCAAGUUCAGGAAAUCUUGCAUGAUGCUUCUACCCAGGAGUGUAUGUGAUGUCACCAUGGUAAUGCUCUAACCAAAACUGUAAAUAAAAAAUAUGGAUUUAGAAAUUAGUUGUGGAGUGUUCGACAUGGUCCGGGGCGAAAUCAGAAACGUAGCUUUCAUUUGACGAUGCAUUGUAAGAGUAGCUGAAACAUUCUCGUUAAUUAAAUGGUAAAUUACGAUAUCCUAAAACAAGUGACACUCACGGUAGAUGCUUUGAGCAGCUUCCCGGGUUGUUUUCAUUGGGUUCAGUGCUGAGUUUUGAAUAGAUAGGCCUUUUCUAUUUCUGUUACUUUUAAAGAAUGACUGUAAAUAAAACCAGACUGUGUCAAUGA